AUGUCUUCCUCCACCCUCCUGCGUGCAGCCUCCGCUGCGACCCGUGCCUCCUCUAGCAGGCAAUGGCUGCACUCAUCCGCUGCGCGGAGCGCCAUCACCAACUUCCAAAUGCCGGCUAUGUCGCCCACAAUGACCGAGGGAGGUAUCGCGUCGUGGAAGUUGAAGGAGGGUGACAAGUUUGCGGCCGGGGAUGUUCUGCUCGAAAUUGAGACGGACAAGGCCACGAUUGAUGUCGAGGCGCAGGAUGACGGUGUAUUGGGCAAGAUCAUUCUUCAAGACGGCGCAAAGAACAUCCCAGUCGGGAAGGUCAUCGCGCUCCUUGCCGAGGAGGGAGACGACAUUUCCAAUUUGGAGGCACCGAAGGACGAGUCUAGUUCGGCACCGGAGUCCAGCUCGAAACAGGCAGACGCGCCGUCAACUUCGCAGCCCGCGCCACCUGAGAAGCCUGCGACGGAGGCUGGCCAGAAAUCCGACGUCAAACAUCAUGCCGACCUCUCGCAGUUCCCGCGCAUAUUCCCGUCUGUUGCACGGCUAUUGUCGGAGUUCGACUUCCCGCUUGACAAGGUCAAGGGUACUGGUCUGCGUGGGAUGAUCACGAAGGGCGACGUCCUUGCGUAUCUCGGCAAGGCGUCUAGUCCGACAGGAACAUUCAAGCAGGAGAAGGCUGCAGCACCGGAGCCGACAGUCCCGAAGAAGAAGGAUCAGGAAGUCGUCAAGCCUCUCGACGGCCCAGCUCUGCGUCGCGCCAUCAUGCAGGGCAUGUACCAAAAGUCGGUCAAGGUGCGCAACGCCUCAGCACCUACUCUUGCGGCAGACUUCGACUCCAUCAUCGCCGACUACCUCCCGCCCAAGCCCACUCAACCCUCCUCGACAUCCGCCACCACUAGCCCCGUACCUCCGCCCAAAGCUCCGGCGGAUAUUCUAGACGCGCUGCUUUGA